ACAUAUUAUUAACUUCAUUUACAAAUUACAAAACAAGAAGAAGAGGUCACACAGAAACACAACACCCUCAUUUCCGUUCACAUUUCACCUUCCUUUCCCUAAAUGUUUAUAAAAUUCCUUCAAAUUCCAGUAGUCUUUUCUUUUCUUCAUUGGAUUGUACAAAUUCUCAGCUGAAAAAAAAACCCCAUCUUUAAUCCCUUUAUUACUUGUUCAUAACUUUUGCUAUUUUCACUGGUUUUUUGUGGGACUUUUUAUAUACAGACUUUUCUUGGUCUUGUUGGGUUUGCUGGUUUUUCCUGCACAACUUUCUUUGGGUCCAUUGCAGAGAAGCUUUGAUACCCAGUAACAUAUAUACAAAAUAUAAGAGGCUGAAAAGUAUAAUUGAACAGAUAUUUAUAUUAUAUAAAUAUUUUUCAUUUUCUAAAGAAAACAAAAGCAGAAAUACUUUGAAAUUUCAUUUUUCUUGAAUUAAGAAAUUGCACAGAUGGGAAAGCAAGGACCUUGCUAUCACUGUGGUGUUACAAGUACCCCACUUUGGCGUAAUGGGCCUCCAGAGAAGCCAAUAUUGUGCAAUGCAUGUGGAUCUCGGUGGAGAACAAAAGGAACCUUGGCAAAUUAUACUCCUCUGCAUGCAAGGGCAGAGCCUGAUGAUCUUGAGGAUUAUAGGGUGUCUAGAGUCAAACACAUGUCUUUGAAAAACAAAGAGCCAAAGUUGCUGAAACGAAGGCAAAAUCAUGAUAAUACUGAAGUUAGAACUCCUCCUGAUUAUAAUCAGGGUUUCCUUAAGGGUUUAGAUGAAGAUACAAGCAAUAGGUCAAGUUCUGGUUCUGCCAUCUCAAACACGGAGAGCUGUGCACAAUUUGAUAGUACUGAAGCAAGUGAUUUGACAGGCCAUGCCCAAUCCAACAUAUGGGACACAACGGUGCCUUCAAGGAAGAGAACCUGCAUUAGUCGUCCAAAGCAGUCUUCAGUUGAAAAACUUACUAAAGACCUGUAUACCAUCCUACACGAACAACAAUCGUCAUGCUUCUCUGGAUCUUCUGAAGAGGAUUUGCUUUUUGCUAGUGACAAGCCUAUGGUCUCUGUUGAGAUAGGACAUGGAAGUGUGCUUAUUCGACAUCCGAACUCCAUAGGUAGAGAUGAAGAAUCAGAAGUCAGCUCUCUAUCGGUUGAUAACAAGCGACAUUAUGUAAAUGAGGCUUAUUCACGAUUUUCUACCCCACCUGUAAAUAUUAACAAGGGUGUCUAUUUACCAAAUCUGGGUACUGAGAGAAUCAAGAAGCCUACUAGUCAGGGAAUGGAACAAGACAAGAUUAAAAGGGAUAAGGAUCAGCUUGAGAAAUUGCAGAUUCUUGGACAACAUAAUUCACCACUGUGCCAUAUAGACCUGAAGGAUGUACUUAAUUAUGAAGAGUUCGUGAGGCAUUUCUCAAGUGAUGAACAGCAGCAACUACUAAAAUACUUGGCUCCUGUUGAUUCUUUUGCGCCUCCAGAUAGUCUUCAAAGCAUGUUUGAGAGCUCUCAUUUUGAGGAGAAUUUGUCUUCCUUCCAGAAACUUCUUGCAGAAGGUGUUUUUGAUAACUCGUUAGGGGUGAAAAUAGAAGACUCUAGGACCUUGAAGAGGUUAAUAUUGUGCUAUUUUACAAAGUCAAAGUGGGUGGAAAAGUAUAACCUUAUCAAGGACACAAAAUGUAAAAGUAGUACCAAUGGUUCUGAAGUUGCAGGAGGGCCCAACGCUAUAGGCACAGGUCAUUCAGUGAAUGUUAAGAGGCCAUUGGAGGGGCAUCAUGCAAAGUAUGCAGGUCCAAAGAAAGCAACGAAGAGCCCCAAUAGGGUGGUUAUGAAAAGCAGCUAUGAGCAGAAGGAACUAAUAGACAACGAUAGCUCUUGCUUCAGUCCAAAAAGCCUAUUUGCCUUGCCUUGUAAUAGUUCUCCUAUGCUGGAUUCUCUCCAUUUUGCAAAUGGAAGUUCUGACCAGGAAUUGCUGCUGGAUGUGCCGUCCAACAGCUCCUUCCCCCAGGCAGAACUCUUGGUACCAACAUCAAGUUUUGCUGCACAAGCAAGCACUAGUAGCAGCUCUGUAUACCCAUAUGUUGUACGUCCCUAGCAAUACUAUCACAUUUUCUUCAUAAGGCAUCUCGAAACUAUUCCAGCCAAAUCAGAUGAUUGUGUCUGCAUGUUCUACAUCAAUCAUAUGGUAAUUUGCUGAGAGAGUUGGGACCUAUAUAUUAAACAAAAGUUUGGAUUUAGUCAAUGGAUGUGGUUGUUCACCCUUUUUGCUCCUUUUUGUAAAGAAUGACAAACAUUAAUGUAUAAUAUAUAGCUGAAAAUACAGUGAA